GGCACAGUUUUGAAGGGACAGAGGCGGGGAGCUAUAAUCAAUAGAAGAGGUGCAAGCACAUUUUGGACUAAGCCAGAAGAAGGAUCUGAGCAUUUCAAGCGUGAGCUGUGCGGCUCGGCGGCGCUCCGGGCGAGGGCUUCACGGGUCUGCCACACACACGGUCACCAAAGCCUAAAGGAUGAAGCAGUAAGGAUGUCGGCUUUGUUUUGACUUUGGACCAAGACGGCGGUCCCAUCAGACAGACGACUUCUCCUCCUCCUCCUCCUCCUCCUCUUCAUGGUAAUCCAGAAAGAAGAGCACAAGGCAGAAGUAAGCAGCUUUCCAUUACCAGGCAGCUAACCUCCUCUUCACUAUGCCCACCUCUCCCAGCCUGCACCUUCUUGUCUUGGCCCCCUGAAUUUGCUGCGCCCAUGCCUGUGCCCUUAACUCUUUCCCCUUUCAUUUCUUUUGAGUGCAACUAUGCCUCGUUCUACCAAAAAUUCCAAUAAAACGGAACCCAGGGCUAGAUCAGAUGCCAAGAGAGAUGUUUGCACAGUCAAGAGGCAGACCUUUAACUCAAAUAGACAUCAGGGCAAAGCAUCCCUUCAGAGGAACGAAGACAAAUGGAGGUCUAAACCAUCGGCACAGAGCAGAAGUCAGGCGACUAAGGAGGUGAAGAAAGUCAACCGAGCUCCCAGUGCGGCUCUGCAGGAGUUAUACGGCACCAUCACAAACACCUCACCUGCAUUGGGGGCGGUAAGGACGAGGCAGUCCGCUAACCGGGAGCGCUUUGCCAACUUUCCUUGCUUGAGGAGGUCAUGGUGCUUCUCUCCGCUCCUUCAAGGCCUCCCAGAUUUGCCAGAGCCUAGCAGAAGGCAACCCUCUAAAGUGAAAAGCAACCUCAAGGCCGAAGAGAAAGCACAAGAGGAUUGGGACCUUGCUGCCACAGUUAACGAAGGACAAUGUGAGCGGGCUGAAGUGGCACCCUGUGAAGCAGAAUCUGGCGCUAAACAAAAGGAAAAUGGAGGCACUGGCACAGGCUCUGGAGCCGUCACCAUCGUCCACACCCUGGUCGCUGGUUCAAGUCCCUGCUCUCCGCAGACUGGGCCGAGCACCGAUGAAGAGCACCAGAAAAGUCAGGCAGCACCCAAGCCAGAAAAUGCAGACCAGAGUGACGCUUUCCUUCCAGGCGUAUCCUCUGAACAAAAAGAAGACGGUGCCAGAAAUGUGGACUUUGGCAUUCAGGUGUCCAUCAGCACAACCAACACAUCAGAAUCUCCUCAUUUAAGCUCAAUGAGCAACGACAGUGAUGUCAAAGAGGAGCGUCCCACUGAGGAAGCGGACCCCCGCACAACCUCUUGCUGCACUGACGAUGCGUCACAGAGCCAUUUGCCUUCUGUGCUAAGCUUCCAGAAGUGGGCGGAUGGCGGUGGCACUGAGCCCCCCAACGUGAAAGGAAACCCACCUCCCGGUUCAGAGAGCCAAAGCCCAGUAAAAAUGUUGGAAAAAUUGAGCAACGCCUUCACACAUGUGGCCAGCAACCUGCAGACCUGGCCGAUGCAAACGGGUCUUCGCAAGUCAGUGUUAACCUUUGAAAGCGCAACAGAAUCGACUGUUCUCCAUGCCAAAGCAGAUUCCAUUUCCAAAACGGGCAUUGAAACAAAACCCUUCUUGGGCUUGGAAAGCCCUCUAUCCCAGCUCGAGGACAACCAAAGAUCUCUGGGCACAGACAUCGGGGCAUCGGUGGUUUCCUCCUGCUCUUCCUCACGCCCCAUGUCUCCUGUGACAGCCUGCAAUUCUACUUCUAACCCAACCCCUCCUCAUCCUCACGGUCUGGUGAAGAAGAAACGGCGGCGGUGUGGAGCUUGUGAGCCCUGCCUCAGGAAGGUUAACUGCGGGGAAUGUAGCUGCUGUCGCAACCGCAAAACUGGACACCAGAUAUGCAAGCUGAGGAAAUGUAAUGAGCUGAAGAAGAAGCCGGCACCGUGCUCAGCCGAUGAGGUGGGAUGCAAGGAUGCAGCCAAGACGGCGAAAAGAAAGAGACCUGCCCAGGUAGAACACAAUGGAGAAUUAUUAAAUGGCUCAAAGUCAGUUCAGAUGGAAGAAGGUCCCAUUGUCCAAACAGAGGAAUCGAGCUUGCAGCUUACUCGCAUCCCACCCUUGGAAGAGGACAGUGUGACUACUGUAAUAGAUAGCCAGAGCAAAGAGGAUGAGGAUCAGAAACCUUCUUGUAAUAACAAUGAAGACGUUGACACUUCUAAAGAUGCCCCAUCAUCUUUGGAUCAGACUGAUAAAAAACAUGGCACUAAUACAUGCAAUCCAUUACCUGAAAAGGAGGAGUCAUUUGCACUCUCCCCCAUACAAGGUGGUGCUAUAUCAGAAUUUUCUGUUCCCUUUAAAAAAGUGAAGCUUGAAGACCAUUCAGAUGGGCCCCUCGAGAACAACCCUCUGAACUUAUCCACUCAUAAAGUGAAUGCUAGCGGGGGUGAUGCCUUAAGCACUUUGACCACAGCUCCAAGCUACUUGAGCUCUGAAAAACAGGAGGACCACCCAACAGCGCAACCAUAUGCUACCAAGAAAGGUGCUUCUACAAACGGCUGCAAAAGACAUUUUUUGGUAAUUAAAGGCUGUGGCAGAAAGCGGGAGGACUUGGUCUUUUCAGACGAUGAAGAACUUUAUUCAGAAAACGGUGCUUUAAGUUUACUUAAAUCAGAUGCCUCUUCCAGCUGCGGUAGUACUUCUUUCAAGCUUUCUCAGCCCUGCCUUUUAUCCUUGGUGGAGAAUAACAAUCUAAGUAUUGAGCAGGCGAUAGCAGUUGAGGCCUUAACUGAGUUAUCAGUUGUGAAAAAAAAUACAGCCCAGGACUGGUCGGUGACUUCAGAUGCUGCUUUGGGCACAUGCAGUGCACACCAGCCAAAUGGAGAGCCACUGGAAAGAGACAUCUCAUCAGAGGAGAAACUGUCAGUCUGUCCGAGGGUGUAUCAAGGGGCAGAUGUUCCACAGGAACAAUCCAGCCAAACCAGACUAGAACCCAAGUCUGCUGGCACACAAUUAGAGGAACGUCUUUCUCUGCAGGAUCUGAUUGAUGCAAGCUGCUGUGUAAUUAGAAACAGUGGGCAAUCAGAAUGUGUGGGUGGAAGCUCCCAUGGCUCCCCAGCAAUUGUAUCUUUAAAAAACUGGCAACAUAACACUUCCGAUGUAAACAAACAAGCUGAAGAAGUUAAGACAUGCACCAGUUCAGAUGGCAAUGUUCGUGUUAGGCCCAGAAAUAAGGAUGAAGAGGAUGCAGCAGCACAGCUAGCUCAGUUAGCCUUUAUCAUCAAAGCAAAACCACCAGCCCAAGAUACUUCACUAAACGCUUCCACCCUUGACGGUCAAACCCAUCAGCAGCCAGUGCAUCAACAAGAGUACAAGAUUCCACAAGGUAUUCCCGUUCCUGCUAUCAGGAGCAAUCCGUUUCAAAACUCCAAAAAAGUGGAAGCAGGUUCUCCCCCAGCUCCCCCAAUAAAGUCGAAUACACCCAAGAAGUCACCAGUGCCACCAGAAAACCAGACAGACAGAAAAAGAAAAGGCCAAAGCAUUUGGACUGAGUCUCAUCUAAAACAUGUUAGUCUUCAGAAAAGUCUCAACUCAAAGCUUCUGCCUGCACAGAAUAAGAGAGCUAAAGUGCAAAAGGCACAAACAACGCAGCAGAUGGGGCAACGCAAACCCCUUCUUUUUCUUCCGCAAACACAAAUCCAGUUCCCAUCCAGCAUAUCCAGAAAUGCUCAGGUAGCACAGUCUCAGUUCCCUGCCAGCAACGCCCUGUCCAUGCUGCCCUAUCCAGUUAAAUCUGAAUGCGCCAAUGAUCAGAAUCCCAACAAGGAGGCAGGAUGCUACUACUCUUUAUCUGAAGAAGUAAGUGACAAAAACACAGAGCUGUCUCUUUCCAAUGGAUAUCCUGACUUUAAAUCUAAUGAGCUGUUGAAGCAAAGCACUACAGGCCUCACUGCUAAUGCCGUGCCGAAAGAGGAAGGCAUCUCACGUACUCAGGAAUCGCCAGCCUCUGACCAGCCUUAUGGUGCUACAACAACUGACCACUUGAUGAGUGACCCACUGUCCUGUAAAGAAGUAUGGCAGCAAAAUGGCAACACUGCUGUCAAGGCUGAGAGAUGGAUCAAGGUGGAAACCUCUGGUGCUGUUACAGUUCUUUCAACCUCCAACUUGUCACCUUCAGAGUCCGAAGCUAAUCAAAAUGGAGGACUGACUCCAUCUAAAACAACCCUGAACAGUUUUCUGGAUUCACCAAUGAAGUUCCUGGAUACGCCAACUAAAAACCUUCUUGACACCCCCUCUAAGAAGGGGCUCGAGGUUCCAACCUGCAACUGCGUAGAACAAUUUAUUGAAAAAGAUGAAGGUCCAUAUUACACACACCUUGGAUCAGGACCAAGUGUUGCAGCUGUGAGAAAAAUCAUGGAAGAAAGGUAUGGAGAGAAAGGGAAAGCUGUCAGAAUUGAAGUAGUGAUUUAUACUGGGAAAGAAGGGAAAAGUUCUCAGGGAUGCCCAAUUGCAAAAUGGGUAAUCAGACGUGGCAGCGAUGAGGAAAAACUUCUGUGUCUGGUUAGGCAGAGAGCUGGUCACCACUGCCAGAAUGCUGUGGUUGUCAUUCUUAUUCUGGCAUGGGAGGGAAUACCUCAAGUCGUUGCUGACACUCUUUACAAAGAGCUGACUGAGACUUUGCGGAAGUACGGCUCUCCCACAAGCAGACGGUGUGCACUAAAUGAAGAUCGCACUUGUGCCUGCCAGGGCCUUGAUCCAGAGACUUGUGGCGCAUCCUUCUCAUUUGGUUGCUCAUGGAGUAUGUACUUCAAUGGCUGUAAGUUUGCUCGCAGCAAAAUCCCUCGUAGGUUCAGGCUUCUGGGAGAUGAUCCAAAACAGGAAGAGAAGCUUGAAGGUAAUUUGCAGACCUUAGCCUCAGAUGUGGCACCAAUUUAUAAAAAGCUGGCUCCACAAGCAUUUCAGAAUCAGGUUGAGUAUGAAAACAUUGGAUCAGACUGCAGGCUCGGUUUGAAAGAAGGCAGGCCGUUCUCAGGUGUCACCGCUUGUGUUGACUUCUGUGCUCAUGCUCACAGAGACACCCACAACAUGAACAAUGGCAGCACUGUCGUUUGCACUUUAACAAAAGAGGAUAAUCGAUCAAUUGGGAACACCCCUGAUGAUGAGCAGCUACAUGUCCUCCCUCUGUACAAAAUAUCUCCUACUGAUGAAUUUGGCAAUGAGGAACAACAGAGGGAUAAAAUGCGAAAUGGAGCAAUCCAAGUUCUGUCUGCGUUUCCGCGGGAAGUGCGCCUGCUAGCAGAACCCAUGAAAUCAGCCAAGAGAAAAAAACUGGAAGCAAAGAGAGCAGCAGCUGAGAAACAGGAGAGGAAAGCAGCAACACCCAUGAAGCAAAAAGAUGACAGAGUGAACAGCAUCCCUCACAGUCUAAAUGGUUUCAAAGAAGACUCAUCGGAUAAACCAGCAUCAUUCCAAAUAGACCCUCAGGACUACUACAGUUCUUUCAGAGUACAGCGACAUGGAAAACUUCUUCCCGGAAAUUGCAGUCCUACCCCAUCUUAUGAAGCAAAUAAGGUGUAUCCUUACUCUUCUGUAAUGCCUAAUUCUGGUAUGGAACCGCUUCCUGGCUUACAUCAAAGAUUUCCUGCUCAGUAUGGGUACAUGGGCCUCUCUGGUAAUUCAAAUUAUACCCCUCCCUAUGUUAAAUAUGGUGAUUUGGAUGUAGCUGUGAAUGGCUAUGCCUGUGCCAUACCAGAAGAGAAGUCUUUGAAGUCAUGUUUAGUUUCUAAUGAUUCUCCUGGUAAGCUUGGCUCAAUGAAUCCUCUCACCAAAGUCGGUAAGAAUGAGAAGUUGCCAUUAAGGCAACCACCCAAUGUUAAUAGCAAAGUGGACAUGAGUGAAUCACGCACAUCAACUCCUCUUCCUGAAAGGGUGUCUCUGCUGUUUCACUCAGAGUCACCUGAGGUGCAUGUAAACAGACCAAAUGGGUUUCACAAAAUGCAGCUAGGUAAAGAAUACCCUCUGCCACAACUUGAACCAGUAGAUAAUACCAGCAAAAUACACAAUGGGCUAAUCCCUGACCCAGAUGUUCAUGAAAACGUUGGAGAUAAAGCAGAAGUGUGGUCAGACAGUGAACACAAUUUCCUUGAUGGAAAUAUUGGUGGGGUGGCUGUUGCACCAUCCCAUGGUUCAAUCCUUAUUGAAUGUGCCAGGCGGGAACUUCAUGCAACUACUCCAAUCAAAAAACCAAACAGAAACCACCCAACCCGAAUUUCCUUAGUCUUUUACCAGCACAAGAGCUUGAAUGAACCCAAACACGGGCUGGCCCUUUGGGAAGCCAAAAUGGCAGAAAGAGCAAGGGAGAGAGAAGAAGCCGAAAGACUGGGCAUCAAUGAUGUCAACAGCUCUAAGCCUCCUAACAAAAAGGUGAAACUGGGCAUCAGGGACAAGGAGGACAUUGUGCAAGAGGAUCAUGAAUUGGUGCAAAUUCCUACUCGUAGGGCAUUGGCAAUAAGUAGGGAUGGAGUAAUUACUGUAUCUUCAUAUGCCCUGACUCAAGUCACAGGCCCAUACAAUCGCUGGAUUUGACUUUUAAGUGGUAUUCUUGCUGCCUUACCUCAAUGCUUUAGUUCAUAUCUUGUGGUGCUGUUCACUUUUUUUUUUUUUACAAUUUUUUUUUUCUUUUAUGGUUUUAUAUGGUUUUCAUCUCAACUGUCAUUAGGCUGAGGUUUCAUUUUUUGUGGAUUUUUAACUGUGACAACUGAAAAAUGAUGUAUACUUUUAAGGAAUGGUGCUGAACGCACAUUUUUUAAAAUGUGAUUUUAACUAUUUUAUAUAAAGGUCAAAAAAAUCAUGAACAAAUGCAAAAAAUAUAUAUAUUUAUUAUGGCAACCUGGUUUCUUCAAGGUUAGUCUUUUAAAUCAUUGAGUUUAAUAUCCAAGGAUUUCAUUUCUGGUGCUUUUGAAAGGGCCUGUUUACUGCAAAUGUACAUUACAGUGAUCUAUAUUCACUUUGUAAAUGGUGAAUCUUAAUUUUAAGCUACUAUAUAUAUUUUAUGGAUUUUGUUUCUCACCUCCUCAGGUUGAGUAACAACUGUUUUUUGAAUGACUUUUAGUUAAGUCAUGAAAUGAACGUUUUUACAUAACACAAGUGUUAUUUAAAAUAGUGAUCUGCUGCCACCUUUUUUCCCAGGAAUUACCAAGAUAUUUUGUGCCAAUGUUUUAGUAGCUUUCAGUCCUUGCCAAUUUCUUUCACACCUGCAUUGGAACCUGGGCCUUAAUCCACAUUUUUCUAACCUGGGCUCUAUGUAGUGUGGCAUCCCUUAUGUGGGUGGAAGUCAUCCCACAUUAGUUUAUGGGUUGACCUACGUAGAGCAGUGGUUUACACCCGCAGACAGCCCAUCAUUUGUUUACAUAUUAUUUGUCAUCUUUCUAAUCAGUCAAACAACAACCUUGGGAAGCAUAUGUGACAUAGAACUCGUCAGAAAUGCACUAAUAAUUGCUGAGGGUUCAUUUUAAAAAUAAUUAUCCAUUUAUCCCUGAAGCACAUCAGAAAUACAUUCUAGUUGCUAGGCAUUUUUUGGAGCCUGUGCAUGUGCUCUUAUCUUAAUGUGAAACAUUUCACCAAUGUGGUUUGCACCUGGGUUGAAAAAAGGUGCAUUAUAAUCUGGGUUGGAGUGGAGUGCUAGGGUGAAAGCAUCAUCACAUGAAAUGACUCCUUUCAUCCUCUGUGUCGACUUCAAAAGGAAUAUUCAAUAUGUUGGUUUUAAUUUAAUUUCAGUAAUGAAGGAAAGGUACAUGUUUUCAUGCAUUUUUUAUUUUAUUUUUUCUCUUUG